CCUCGUGAACGCGCACUCGUGUUCCCGUGGACUCGCCCGUUAAUGCUGCUGGUGUUGUGAGCGGUCACGAGCGCUCGUGUUUGUGUUUUUCCGCCGUUUCCCGACAUCUGGAUUCAUUUAUUCUGAAAAAUAAAAUAAACGGAAUGCGGAUUUUCACGCGUGUGUCCACUCCGAGGAUUUCACAGCACUGGAUUAACGUGUGUGUUUCAGGCGCGGACAGAAACGUGCUGAGAGCUUUUGUUCGCCGGUGAAGCUCUUACACACACACACACACACACACACACACACACACUCACACUCACACCCACCCACACACACACACACACACACACACUCACACACACACACACACACACACUCACACUCACACCCACACACACACACACACACACACUCACACACUCACACACACACACACACACACAUCAUGUCAUCCUCUGAACUGGACUACAUCCCUCCGUGGUGGAUUUAUUGGCUUCACCAGUUUCCUCACAUCAAUCUGAGACUGCAACAAAUCAACAAUACCUUCAACCUUCAGGAGGAAAACUACCAGCAGUCUCUGCUCUUCCUGGUGUGUGUCUCCUCGGCUGCCCUCGGGGUGAAUCUCCUCGCCCUCGCUCUCUAUCUGAGUUUCCUGUGCUGCUGUCAGAGGAGCAGCGAGGCUGAGGAUGAGGACGGGACGAAGAAACCAAACUCGCACUGCGUCACCUGGACGGCCGUCACCGCUGGACUUCUCAGCUGCAUCGCAGUUGGGGUGGGUUUCUAUGGUAACAGUGAAACCAACGAUGGAGUGUAUCAGCUGACCUACUCCCUGUACAACACCAACCGCACACUGGUGGGAGUGGAAACACUGGUUUCUUCAACACUGGGUGGGAUUCAGACUGGAAUGAAGGAACACUUGUCCCGACUGGAUGAGAUCUUCGCCACGCGAGGUGACUAUAUGAAGACGCUGAAGUUCGUGCAGCAGAUGGCGGAGAGCCUGAUUAAAAAUCUCUUAGGCCUGCCGGACUGGGACCAGGCCAAAGUGGACCUGACUGACAUCGCUGACCGCACCGCAGCCGUGGAGUACUACAGGUGGCUGACCUAUCUGCUGAUUCUCAUAGCUGAUCUGCUCAUCUGUCUGUUAGCAUGUCUCGGUCUGGCCAAGAAAUCACGCUGCCUUCUGACAACCAUGAUGGUGUUUAGCAUGCUAAUUCUGAUAGUGAGCUGGGCGUCUCUGGGGGUCGAGGUAGCGACAGCGGUGGGCAUCAGUGAUUUCUGUGUGUCUCCAGACAAGUUCAUCAUGAACCAGACUAAAGAUGCAAUCAGCUCAGAUAUUGUUCAUUAUUACCUGUACUGCAGUCAGACUCUCCCCAAUCCAUUCCAGCAGUUUCUCCCGCAGUCUCUGACGCUCAUCCAGAGAUCUCUGACCACCAUGCAGAUUCAGGUUCAGGGGUUAUUACAGUUUGCCGUGCCUCUCUUCCCUACCGCUGAGAGUGAUCUCCAAGGUCUUAAGCUCAUGUUGAACAAUUCUGAGGCACAACUACAUCAGAUUACUGCUCUACUCGACUGCAGAGGAAUCAAUAAGGACUAUCUGGAUGCUCUCAUGGGUGUGUGUUAUGACGGUGUAGAGGGGCUGCUGUAUCUCUGUCUUUUCUCUCUGCUGUCCGUCACUGCCUUCUGCAUCAUGAUGUGUGUGAUACCACGAGCAUGGAGACAAAUCAACAACCGAGAAGGGGAUUAUGGGGAUUUUGAGGACUCAGACCCCUUCAGCUCUCGAGCCCAGACGGAGAACCUGCACACUUUUUACAGCUACAGCAGCAGCCAGAACAGCCUUCACUCACCACCGGCUCCACCCACCUCCAACAUUAAUCAGUCGUCAGUGUUUGGGGGAAAUGCCCGCUUUGAGGAUGCUCCUCUAAUAAACCGAGGAUCUCCUCCUCCCUCAUAUUCUCCCACUAUGCGAGCCAACUACCUCUCCAUGACAGAAGAUCAGAUGAGACACUUUGGCGAGGAUUUUAGGGCCUGAACGUCUUCAUGAUCUUCACACACACACACACACCAGUGUGUUUAGUGUGUUAUUAUCCUGGACCACAUGUCCCCAUGAGGAUAGAAAUAUCUGACAGAUUUGACCUUGUGUGGACCUUGUUCUCCUUCUCACCAUGGAAACUUUUUUUCUGAAAAACAAAAAAGAAGAGACAAACCCCACGACUUGUAUUUAAUAACACUCAGAGAGGUGAGAUGUUUUCUUCUGGAUGCAGAUGUGAAGGUUAGAGUUAGGACUAGUGCAGUGUUAAUGAUCUGUGGGAAUGAUCUCAGUGGAACCUUCUUACAAGGAGAGUAAUGUGUGUGUGUAGCUUUAUGUAUGUGCAUGCAUGCGUGUGUUCAUGUGUGUGUGUUCAUGUGUGUGUGUUCAUGAAUGCGCCUGUGUGUGCGUGCAUGUGUAUAUGUGUGUAUCUGUAUGUGUGAGUGUGUGAGUGUGUGUGUGUGUGUGUGAGUGUGCGUGUGUGUAUCUAUGUGUGAGUGUGUGUUUGUGUGUAUGUAUGUGAGUGUGUUUCUAUGUAUGAGUGUGUGUCUGUGUAUGAGUGUGUGUAUGUGAGUGUGUGUGUGUAUCUGUAUGUGUGAGUGUGCGUUUGUGUGUAUGUAUGUGAGUGUGUUUGUAUGAAUGAGUGUAUGUGUGUAUCUGUAUGUGUGAGUGUACGUUUGUGUGUAUGUAUGUGAGUGUUUGUAUGAAUGUGUGUAUGUGUGUAUCUGUAUGUGUGAGUGUGCGUUUGUGUGUAUGUAUGUGAGUGUGUUUGUAUGAAUGAGUGUGUAUGUGUGUAUCUGUAUGUGUGAGUGUGCGUUUGUGUGUAUGUAUGUGAGUGUUUGUGUGUAUGUAUGUGUUUGUGUGUAUGUAUGUGAGUUCUAUGUAUGAGUGUGUGUCUGUGUACGAGUGUGUGUGUGUGUAUGUGAGUGUGUAUGUGUGUAUCUGUAUGAGUGUGCGUUUGUGUGUAUGUAUGAGUGUGUGUCUGUGUAUGAGUGUGUGUGUGUGAGUGUGUAUGUGUGUAUCUGUAUGUGAGUGUGCGUUUGUGUGUAUGUA